AUGGACAAAAGUAGAUGUGGAGAAAUUUCUUAUCAAGAUAUCAUUGAUUUUAUGUUAGAUAAUAAUUGUAGUCUCACAAGUUUAGAAGCAUCAUAUUUACUUUAAUAUUUGGAUUUCAAUAGAGAUGGAAGAGUAACCUAUACAGAGUAUUUUUAUAANGGAACAGGUAGUAGAUCAGAACAUAGUGCAGUGAUUUUUGAAAUAGAUGGUGUUAAAUGGGUAGUAGAAUCAUAAGAUGCAUGGUAUUGGCCUAAAAAGAAUAUAUAAAAGAAUAGAUGGGAAGAUUGGAAAGUUUAUGCUAAAAAUGCAGGAUUUAAUGUAGCCAUAUUACCAUUGAGUCCAGAGAAGAGAGCAUAAUGGGAUUAAGAAGGUGCUCUUAAAUUUUGGAAUUUUAUGGAAGGAUAACCAUAUGGUUAUCAUAAUUUUAUUUUUGGAUGGAUAGAUACACCUAAAGAUAAUUAUCCCACUUUAUUAAGUGCUGAAUUAGCUACUUAUAUAUUUUCAUUUAUUGAAAAAUUUGCACCAAGUAUUUCAUCAAAAAUGGUUGGAGAAGGAUUAAAUAAGAGAUUAGGAACUGAAGGAUUGACAAUCCCAGAAAUCACAAUAGAAGCUGCUAAAAGAGGAAUAGAAAUUGUAUUACUCAUAUAUCUAAAUUAAGGCUGAUUUAUAUGCUAUGGUUGAAAAGGAUGAAUGGAUUUACAGUGAUGGACCAAGUUAAGUAUGUUCUUCAUUUGUUAUUGGAUUAUAUAAGGCAGCUGGUUUAUUUGGAUAAUAUCAUGUUGAAGCAACAGAGUAAUUAUAUUUUAUAUAUUUUAUAGAUUUACUCCAAAAGAUGUUUAUUAAUUAAAUUUCUUUGAUAAAAAUUAUGUUGUUCCUGAUAAAUGUAAGAUUAAUGAUCCAGAUUUACCAUAUUGUUAAAUUAUGGGAACUCAUAGAAUGGAAUUAGAUGGAUACAAUACAAUUGAUCCAUAUGAACAUAUGAAUGAAAGAUGUCCAAGUUAAGCUCCUGAUUAUUAUAGACCUGAUGGCUGUUGA